CUUUCCUCUCCUCCUCUCCUCUCUCCUUCCCGCUAUGAGUACGAACUCCUCUUUCCACCAGGGCUGCUGCUACUACUACUACUCCUCCGCCUCCUUCUACUUCGCGUCCGAUGAUCAGAACCCUCCUCCGCAUUCUCCCAAAACCAUCCCCGUGCCCAUCGACUCACCCUCCGACAACGAAACCCUAGCUCGGAUCCCCGUCCACCUCCCUCCCUCCGUCGCCUCCGUCGCCUCCGCCGCCGCAGCAGCCAAGAUCCAAGCGGCCUACCGCGGCCACCUGGUUCGGUCCCUCGUGGGGACGAUCCGGGCCGUGGAUUCGGAGGCGGGGCGGUUCGAGCGGCUGAUCCAGCGGCAGGAGACGGUGGACGCCGUGCGGCGCGACGAGCGGGAGCGGCUGCGGGUGAGCGAGGGUUUGAUGGCGCUGCUCCUCCGCCUCGACGCCGUCCCCGGCGUCUACCCGGCCGUUAGGGACCUGCGGAGGGCCGUCAGCCGCCGCAUCGUCGGCCUGCAGGAGAUCCUCGACGCCGUCGCCGCCACCUCGCCGGUGGCGGCGGAGGGCUUCCCGGGGAGCUUGGAUGAGAUUGUGGCGGGGAUUUGGAGAGGGGUAGAGGAGGAGGAGGAGGACGGUGGAGUAGGAGUUUCAAGGAGCGGGGGUUUCGAGUGUUGGGAGAGAUUUGUGUUAGGAGUGUGAUCACUCAUGUCGCUCUUGGCUGAGACGAGAAAUUCGAAUAUUCUCGGUGUAAGAUUAAAAUAUAGUUAAAAAAUAAAUGUAUAUAUAUAUAUAUAUAUAUAUAUAUAUAUAUAUAUAUUUUUUUUUANCUUUCUAUUU